AGGAGGCAGAAAAUUGGUAAGUUAUGCAGGGCACUGAAUUUCUGCAUCUGCCACCAGACUGUCCUGGGUUACAGCAUUGUGUCCCUGCUGACGGCUGGCAGCGAGUACAUCUUCUCACCCGUGGUGUUCAAGUGUCCCUGCAACUCUGGGAACCUGCUGUACAGCUUCAUCUUCCUCUUUGUGCCUGCCUUCGUCCUAUUUCUGCUCGGCGACAUGGUGAAUGCCAGGACGUGGCGCCAGCUGACGGGCAGCUGCCCUCCAGAGAAGCACUGCAGCUGCAGCCCCUGGGCAGCCUGUGCCCGCUGCUGCCUCGUGGUGCUGCCGGUGACAGCCAGAGCCUUGGUGGCCCUCACCUGGAUUGCGGUGGCCCUGCUGAGAGCCAGCUUCUAUGAGUGCAUGGCCAGUGGGAAUGGCACGAUGAAGAACCUGAUGUGUAAAGGUAAAGGACAAGAAUGCCACAGCCUGCUGGUCAAAAUACCCUGUGAUGAGAAGUUAUUGAAGAAUAUGUCAAGAGAAUUCCUCAGUCUUCAGGCACAGUUCCAGCUGAUAGGAUGGCUCCUGAUAGCCAGCAUCAUGACCAUGGUACUGAUUUCAACGUGCAUCAGCCACUGUUGCUCCCCAGUUAGCUCUCUUCAGCUCAAGUUCUGGAAAAUUUACUUGAAAAAAGAACAGGAGCUCUUUGAGAUCAAGACUAAAGAGCAUGCAACCAGUCUGGCAGAAAGAAAUAUAAAUUGCUUUUUUGAAGCCGCUGACCCAGCACCAUUUCAGACUCCCAGUAAUGAAGACUGGCAGUAGAUCUCAUUCUUACACACCUUCUGUUCCCAGGAGCAGUGUUACAGCGUCAUACACAAGUACGUUAACACAAACAGAGGCAACAGCAUCAGAUUUGGGGAAGGAG